AUUUGCCUUUUUCUCACAAUUAUGGUACCACGCACUUUGUCUUUUCUCCAUAACAAAACUCCUCCAAACGCGCGUUAUCGUAAAUUACUAUUAUUGUCGUGUCGUUUCCUCUUUUCAAGGAAUCAAACAUCUUUCUUAACCACGAGAAAUUUAUUGAUAGAAAGAAAUGGUGCUUGUUAUUAUAGAUUUUAUGAGCCAAUACACUUACUAGAAAGUAAACGGUUCAAUAUUCCGAAAUAUAGUUUUCGUUGCUAUACAGGCUCUGAUAGUCCAAAACCAACUAUUUCAUAUACUAUCAGUGAUCUUUCACAAGAUACAUAUCAUCGCCUAUCAGAAAUUGCUUUGGAAUACUUGCUAGAAUAUUUUGAAAAUUUAGAUGAUCGACUAAAUAUAUCCGCUUUUGAUGUUGAAUAUUCGAGUGGAGUUCUUACACUUAAAUGUGGGACAUCAGGCGUUUAUGUACUUAAUAAGCAACCGCCUAAUAAACAGAUUUGGUUGUCGUCUCCUAUCAGUGGACCUAAGCGAUAUGAUUUUGAUUCAAAACACAAAAAAUGGUUUUAUCAUCGAGAUAAUUCAACGCUGGAUGGACUUCUUAAUGAGGAACUGUCUACAGUAUUCGGUGCAAAAAUUGAUAUUUCUGUACCAACUGGCUAAAAUUUUAUUGUUUUUAUUUUCAAGCAUUCAUAUAUAUAAUUACGAAUGCAAUAAAUGUUCCCUAAUCCAAAUAAUAAAGCGACCACGGCCUUUUAGUGAUACAACGUUAACUGUAUUGUUUGUAGAUCUUCCAUAUUUCCGAACCCUGAAUAUCAAUGCUUAUUUAAUCCUUUCAAUCCAAAUUUAUCCAUACUGGUACAUAUUCAUCAUUUAUUUGAGAGUAAAAAAAUAAUUAAAAAUACUCUACUUCAUUAGCCUCGUUAUGUGCAUUUGCAUUUAUUCAAGAUUACUUUAUCGUGAAAUCAGUAAUUACGUAUUGAUAUUCCUUUUUGGUUUACGAAUUCUUCGCUUAUGUAAAAUCUACCUAAAAUAUUGUUUGAAUACAUAUCAUUUAAUUAAAUUUGAUUUUCUGAUACGAUUAUUUUUCUUUGUGGUGAAGCAACCGUUAGACAUUACUCCCAGAACGGAAUUCACAAAAGUGUUGUGCAAAAAAAAA